AUGGCCUACCGAAUGUCCUCCUAUUCCAACCACUCCUCCGCUGCUCCCGGACGGACGAACACAAUGCAGCAGGCUUCAUCUCAGGUCUCGACCACCACCCUGCUCAAUGCACUGCACAGCUCCUUCUCCUCAGCACAGCCAUAUCCAUUGGAGGCCAGCACGAGUUUGGUGGUCAAUACUUGGCUAACAGCCUCGAGCACUGGACCGGAUGGCAGAUACGGUGGCACAGUCGACGCCGAGCUCGCCCGUAGGGCCUGGGAACACGCUCGGCGACGAGCUGAAGAUGCCUGCAUCAUCUUGGGCUCCCUCCACCAUUCGACGCCUUCACUCUUCGCACCAUUUGCUUCUGCCCUUCCCCUUUCUGUGCCGGGCACCUUCUACACAGCUCUUAAUGCGUUACGACCCUUUCUGACAACAGUAACACCACACAAUCCAGCUUUGCCACGCUAUUCUGCCCUGGGCGGUACUUUCACGCUUGCUUUGACCGGCGAGAUCACAGGCACCUCGCUGAGCCUCUCGACAUCGGGCAUUGAUACGCAGAAUGGUCUCCUUAACGUCCCCACCGAGCCCGGCUACCGCGCUUUCGAUGUUUUCUACUACAUCCUGACUUCACAGUCUCAGCAAGAGCGCGAGUUUCUUGGCCUCAAAGCACCCGAUCAAUACGCCCUGCUCCGCAAGUCAAACACCUACAACGCGCCAUCGUAUCUCCCGACGGCAGACGAUACAGCGGCCGCCGAGGACUUCCGCGAGUCGCUCAAGUCGAUCGGCAUCAAGGGAAAGAGCUUGCGCAGCUUACUGAGUGUCAUUGCAGCCCUUCUACGGCUGGGAGACGCGAUUGGCUUCCUGGUCGAUCAAGAAGAGUUGGAGCAGGUGUGUGAAGAGGUGGGCGAACUGCUGGACCUUGAUCCAGAGGUUCUGCUGAAGAAGUGUGUAACCGAAGACCGUGAAUUUCUGAUUGCAGCCAUCUACGAAGCGCUUGUGGACUGGGUCAUCAUGCAAGCCAACGAUGCCAUCAGGACGGAGAUCCAGACUGGCAGGGCGAUGAGUGACGGCAGCGAUAGCGGAGCGGCUACACCACCAAGCAGCCAAGACGAUGACAAUAAUGUUGACAUCACCUUGAUCGACGUGCCCAGCCAGACACUCGGCAAGUCUGUAAGCUUGAAGACCGUCUUUGAUGACAGCACGGGUAUCAAUGCGGAGAUGAAAGAAGACGGCUUGUCGAUUAUACCCGCAGGCUCGUCUGUCAUUCGUGAAAUGAAAGAAGCUGUCUCACAUUGUGAGGCAGACCUGAACAUAGCCGGUGGCGCUUCCAUGAGGGAUCGCGAGCUCGAGCUGGAUCGCAGGCAAGGCGUGCUCGAAAAAGUCGGCAUCGAGACGGAUGAGGACAGCUUCUUGCGUAGCAUCCUCUAUCCGGUUGCUGGUGAAGGCAUCGUUUUGGGCAGGACCGGCCGUUUCACCCUCACCAACGUUCUUGCCAGCAGCAGAGUUUGGUUUCAGCUUUGCCUCCACCCAAGUGACGAGUCUCCGGCGGCCUUUGUAAACCAAGCACCUGGUGUGAUUCCAUGGUCGGCGGGUGCUGUAUCCAGCCAAAUUCGCGCUUGGAGAUUGCCCGAGUGGGCCAACUACAGAAGUAAGCAGCUCGAUUUCACUGCUGACUUCGAUGUCGACGAGUUUGUGGACAGAUAUCGUAGAUUGGGCUGUCAGGAUGGAAAAGAAGGCGUGGAUACCUGGCUUAUGGAGCGUGGCUGGAGCAACGGCGAAGUCUUUCUUGGUAACGUGCGCAUCUGGAUGAGAGAGCCUGCCUACUGGGAGGCCGAGAGCAUGCUGGACAUGAAGCCCGUUGACGACGCAUCUCCAAAUCACAUGCUCGGCGGUAUGGUCGGCGCAGCAGACCUGGAAGGCAACUACGCCGCGUCCAAUCCUGGCAUGCACGGCGGCUACUACCACGAUGAAACCAGCCGAGAGACCAUGAGUCAACCCAUCCACAUCGCACCUAGCAAGAUGGGAGCCAAGUCCCUUGCGCCUACUCAAGCUCACACCCUUCGAAGCAUCAGCGGAGGUGACUACGGUCUUGGCUUCAAGGGAGACGACAAGCGCAAUUACAUUGGCUUCGAAGGCGAGAUCGAUGCUGAACUUGCCCAAGGCAAAGACGUGAUCGUGAAGAAAACCACUGCUGGAAGACGCGCUUGGGUCGCCCUGGUCUGGGCCCUCACCUUUUGGAUACCAUCGCCGCUGCUCACUCACGUUGGCCGUAUGAAGCGACCCGAUGUGCGUCAAGCGUGGCGUGAGAAGUUCGCCCUCGUCUUCCUCAUCUUGCUCAUGAACGCCAUCGUCGUCUUCUACAUUAUUGGAUUUGGUAAGAUCCUUUGUCCAAACCGUGACAAGGUCUGGAACCGCAAGGAAGUCGGCUACCACCAAGGAACCACUGACUUUUACGUCUCCUUCCGAGGCGGUGUCUAUGAUCUGUCCAAGUUCUACAAGCUACAACAUUCUGACACCUCUAUCGAGACCACCACGACCAACAUGGAGCCAUUUGCAGGAGCUGAUGUUACGGAAUACAUUGCUCCACCUCUGACGAUUGCUUGCCCUGGUCUUGUCACCUCGGAUAGGAUUCAGUUAAGCCCCAACACCACGCUUCUGUACCCUACUGCAGAGCAUACUUCCGGUCCUCAAUUCCAGCCAGACACUACCACGAAGCUCCACAGCAUUACCUGGUACACCGAGUACUUCCUCCCUCGCAUGAAGGAGUACUACAAGGGCCAGCUUGUGUACAAAAGAUCCACGGUCAAGAGUGAUGGCGAGAACAACAGCAGAAAAUGGUUCAUCAUUGACAAGAAAAUCUACGAUUUGACCGACUACUUCUUUACCCUUGAUCGACAGAACAACUUGGCUUCUUACAGCUUCUUUCCGGACGAUGUUGAGACACUUGUGACCAACAACCCUGGUGCCGAUAUCACCGAUGACUGGAACAAGAACCUGAACUUCUCGACCCGACAGAACAGCAUGAAUUGUCUGAACAACAUGUUCUACAUCGGUGAUGUCGACUUCCGACAAAGUGCUCGUUGCCAAGUGAACAACUACAUUUUGCUCGCAUUCACGAUCAUUCUGUGCGCAGUCAUCCUCACCAAGUUCUUGGCUGCCUUGCAGCUUGGAUCCAAGAAAAAACCCUCCCAACAGGACAAAUUCGUCAUUUGCCAGGUUCCAGCCUACACUGAAGGUGAAGACUCCCUCCGAAAAGGACUCGACUCCCUCACAGCUCUAGCGUACGACAACAAGAGGAAGCUGAUCUGCGUUGUCUGUGACGGCAUGAUUGUCGGCGGUGGAAACGACCGCCCUACGCCCAAGAUUGUCCUUGAUAUUCUCGGAGUCGACCCAAAGAUUGAUCCUCCUGCUUUGCCAUUCAGGUCCCUCGGUCAGGGAAGCGAAGAGCUCAACUACGGCAAAGUCUACUCCGGUCUGUACGAAUAUGAGGGUAAUGUCGUCCCGUACUUGGUCGUGGUCAAGGUCGGUAAAGAGUCAGAACAGCAGAAGUCCAAGCCUGGUAACCGUGGUAAGCGAGACUCGCAGGUCUUGCUUAUGAGCUUCUUGAACCGCGUUCAUCACCGAUCUGCAAUGAACCCUCUAGAGCUAGAAAUGUUCCACCAGAUCAACAACAUCAUCGGUGUCGACCCUGAGCUGUACGAGUACCUGUUCCAGGUCGACGCUGACACCAAGGUCAAGGAGGAUUCGCUCAACAGACUAGUCGCCGCUUGCUCCAACGACGCCAAGAUUGCAGGUAUCUGCGGUGAGACAUCUCUGGAGAACGAGGAGCGCAGUUGGUGGACCAUGAUUCAAGUCUACGAAUACUACAUCUCACAUCAUUUGGCGAAAGCUUUCGAGAGUCUGUUCGGCAGUGUCACCUGUUUGCCUGGAUGUUUCUGCAUGUACCGACUUCGGACUGCAGACAAAGGACGACCUCUCAUCAUCGCUGACAACAUCAUCAAGGAGUAUGCCGACAACGACAUCGACACGCUGCACAAGAAGAACUUGCUCUCCCUGGGUGAGGAUCGUUAUCUUACGACACUCAUGACGAAGCACUUUCCAUCCAUGUCGUACAAGUUCUUGCCGGAUGCCUACGCACUUACUGAAGCCCCUGCCGAGUGGAGCGUGCUGCUCUCCCAAAGGCGUCGCUGGAUCAACUCCACCAUCCACAACUUGGCUGAGAUGAUGCAAGUUGACCUUUGUGGUUUCUGCUGUUUCUCUAUGCGCUUCGUGGUGUUCAUUGAUCUAAUGGGUACCAUCAUCCUUCCGGCUACCUGCGCAUACCUCGUCUACCUCAUCUACUCGGUCGCUUCUGGUGCUGGACAGUUCCCACUGGUUUCAAUCAUCAUGCUUGCAGCUGUGUAUGGUCUGCAGAUGAUCAUCUUUAUCGUCAAAAGACAGUGGCAGCACAUUGGUUGGAUGAUCAUCUACCUCAUGGCAUAUCCUAUCUGGUCUUUCGUGCUGCCAAUGUACUCGUUCUGGAAGCAAGAUGACUUCUCGUGGGGUAACACCCGUGUUGUCAUCGGAGAGAAGGGCGACAAGAAGGUCAUUGCUAUCGAGGACGAGGGCUUUGAUCCACGCAGCAUUCCUCUUCAGCGAUGGGACGACUACGCCAUGUCUAAUAACCUGCCCGGACGUCGCGGUGUGUACCAAGAGAAGGACAUGUAUGGCUACCAAGACGCGCCAGGCUACGAGAUGGAUGACAUGCACUCCGUGUACUCAUCCGUCAAGCCAGCCUCCACCAUUUUGACUGGGUUCCCACAGCACAACUCCUUCCGGCCUCCACAGUCACCCGGACCCAACGCCAUGGGCAGGCAGUCGACAUUCUCGCGCUUCACGGAUCAUCCGCAAGGAUAUGAGCAGCAACGCCAGAUGUCGAUGGGUGGCAUGAGCGAUCACUACAGACUAGGCGCCAACUCGCCGUACGGUACACGACAUCAAUCUCAGGACAACCUACUCGGCGGCGCACAAUCACCACCCAUGUACUCUGACCAGCGAGCUCGUUCGCCCUUGGGCAACCAGUUUGCGAGCCGGCCAGGUAGCACCAACCCCAACGCACACCUGAGCGGGCUGUCUGGCUUCCAAACCCAAGGUCCAACCAACGAAGCCAUCACGAUGGCUGUCCAGGAGUGCUUGAGCGAGGUCGACAUGGACGCCGUGACCAAGAAGCAGCUCAAAGCGCUGGCCGAGCAGAAGUUGCAAUGCCAACUUGUCGGCGAGAAGAAGGCGUUCUUGGACUUUGAGAUCGACAAUCAGCUUGCGAAGUUGUGA